GCCACUCGCAGUCCGUCGCGCACACAGUGUCCAACCGCGCCGCAACGCAUCGUCUCACGCACACGCAAGCGCGCUUCAACGAUUUAAUAUUAUUUUAUAAUAAUAAUAAUUGUUAUUAUUUUUAGUAUUAUCGGUAUACACUCGUCGUGCGGACGCGGAACACAACGGAAAUAAAAAAAACGAUUGAAAAAAUAUUAUAUUAUUAUCGUCGUCGUCGUUUCGUGCGGAGAUUCCCGUCACCAUAUACUGCGCACCUCGUCCGCGGAUUAGAUGCGACAAAACGGAACCGCUUCAGUCGUCGCCGUAGUACCCGAGAUGCGCCGGUCGCGUUGUUAACGCCGCUUGCACGUAUCACAGGAUCGCCUGUAUAAUUUAUACGAUUUCGGAUCCAUACAAACGAUUUCGCGUGGCUCGUUCAUCGCGACAACAAUAUUAUAUAAUAUAUACUAUCCGUCGAGAUUUAGUGUUCGAAGUUUUUUUUUCGCGUGGCUAACGGCGGUCGUCUAAACGGAAAUCGUCGCCCGCGGCGUCAACAUGGUCGACGAGACCAAGUGCAGUUCGGUCGAGGACGGCACGACCACGGAUGAGGAUCGGGACGUCCGCGUCGAUUCCGGUGCAUCGGACGAGGAGCUGUGUAUGGACGAAGAGGACGAGGACGAUGUGUCGUCCCCAACCUCGGCGGCGCCCGGCGCCCUGACGUUCGGCAUAUCUCGUCUGUUGGCCGCCGGCGGUGGACGCGGCGCAGACGAUCUGGCGUCCAAACGUUCGGCGUCCUGCACCGGCAUGGCCGCGGCCGCCGUGUCCGGUCCCGCAGAGGCGCUCGCCUCGCUAUACGCGGCCGGGCAUCACCAUGCGGCCGUGUUCGGACUUCACCACCACCUGCACCAACAACAGCACAUGGCUGCAGCCGCGGCCGCUGCGCACCAAGCAGCCGCUGCGGCCGCAGCGGCGGCCAACAAGCCGACCGACGACAAGACGUACCUGCAGUACUCGGGAGCAGCGGGUGUCAUCAAGGUCCCAGCACACCGGCCGCACCCGUCCAACGGCGGCGGUGGCGCACCCGGUCCGAUGCAGUCCCCUUGGGCCGCGGCCGCAGCCAUCGACCCCGUGUCGUUCAUGCAGCGCAACGCUUUCCUGUUCGCCGCCGACAAGAACCGACUCGCAGCAGGUUGUGCUGGCGGACUUUUGGGCACCCGACGCAUUGGACAUCCGUACCAGAACCGGACGCCACCCAAGAGGAAAAAGCCACGCACGUCGUUCACGCGCAGUCAGAUUUCACAGCUCGAGGAGAAGUUCAACAAGCACAGAUAUCUGUCAUCCGUUGACCGAGCGGCCCUGGCAAAAGCGCUCAAGAUGACCGACGCGCAGGUCAAAACGUGGUUCCAGAACAGACGCACCAAAUGGAGACGUCACAUGAUGGAGGAACGGGAAGCUCAGAGGCAGAUGGCCACGAAAAUGAUGCAGUCCAUGAUGGACGACCGAGACGGCGGCGUACGUCUGGGCGCGCUGCAGGGCCUGCAGGCCUGGUCGCCGGCCGCCAUGUCGCCCGGCGGCGGCGGGCCCGGAGGCGUCGGCGGCUCGCCGGUCGCGCCGCAACCGCCACCAGGACACUUUGCCCUGUCGCAGCCUCCGGUCGCUCGCCCAUGUGCUGAACGGACCAUCGUCGGACCGCGCGCGGCGGUUUUUCGUUUUUCGUCGUCGUCGUCGCGAUCACGUGUACUCAGAUUCCUAAGUGCUCGCGGCACUCCCCGUACUAAUAUUGAAUAAUAAUAUUAUUAUGUUUUGACGAGGUCUAUUACAUUGUGACGCGCUACAUAUAUAGUGCGUGUGUACCAAACGGCCGUACCGAUAUUGAGUUUGACGAAUACGAAUAUUUACAUGUUGAAUAAUAUUUUACGUACAAGCGUGUGAUAGUAAUUUAGUCAUUUUAUUAUCAUUUUAUCAUAAUAUAUUACCUAUUAAGAUCCUGUACAGAGAUUCGUAUUUUUAUGACACUUUUUGAUGACGAUUAUAAUAUUGUAUGCGUAUCGUGUUCUAUAUACAAAAUAGUAUAAUUAUUACGAGAUGCUUUUAUCGCGAAUCACGAUAUCUUUGGAAAUACAAGGAAUUUUUAAUUUUCAGAACGAACCCUGAUUAUUAUACGAUAUAGAAAAUGAAAAAAUAGUUUGAUCUCUACAAAAAAAAAAAAAAAAUACAUAAUAUUUAAAAUUUAAAUAUACCUAAAAAAAAAAUUCUUAUAUUUCCAGAGAUGUGAUAAAAAUAAUAAUGACUCUGUAUAAGUAAAAUACCAUAAUAUUAUUAUUUUUAUAUUAUAUUUUGAGUUAAUGUGUGGAUCGUAUGUACACUGUACAGCCAUCAUUGUGCGUCGAACGAAUAAUCAACUGCACGUCUGCACAUAUGACGCAAAACCAUAAAUUUAACAAUAUUAUAUAAUAUUAUGCAUAUUACAUUCAUAUCAUAAUAUAAUGGUUCUAAUCAUACAUAUUAUUUAUAUGUAUGAUAUGUAUGUGUAUUUUAUACAGAGUGUGUGAUUGCAGAUAUAUAUUGAAUUGUACAUCGCGUUGAUUCUUAUUCUUAUUCGUAUUAUUAUUGUGUAGUGCACGUCGUGUAUAGUUUAUAGUCCUCAUAUUUAGGUAUAGUGACGUAUAAUAAUAGGUAUAGGUAAUACUAUAUAUUAUUAUCGUUCUCUUUUCGUACAUUAUACGCCUUGUCCACGCCAUUACAUAUUAUGUAUUUGUAAACGUAAUUUUAAUUUGAACAUAUCUGAAACUUUUAUCGCGUUAAAAUAUAACAUUUCAUAUCACAUAUUAUUAUUAUUAUUAUUUCUCUUCGACGUUUCUCGAGUAUACCUAAUACUGUACAAAAUAUACAUACUAUUAUUAUUAUUAUUAUUACUAUUUGUAUUAUUAGUAGUAUUUAGGUGUGAUAAUAUGACGUUAUAAUUUACAUGUGCAUCUCGAAAGUGUGGUAACCUUCCAUUAGCCAUGCUGUCAGUGAAAGUGUUCGUGAUUAGGGGGAGGGUGGCAUGAUAGACCACUUGCGAAGAUUUAAAAUCGAUUUAACAAUGACAUAAUAAUAUUAUCCACAUUUACGUGUAAAUAUCCUGUUACCUGUACAUCAUCUCCUCUAACCGUAUGGUGCGUGAUUCCGGCCGCUACGUCAUAGAGUUGGGGGGGGGGGGGUGGGUUUAAGGCGUUCGGGCCAGAGCGCAUAUCUUUAUGUAUACAUAACAAAGUGGUAAUAGUGUUGAUACAUUUCGGAAAGGAAUGCUGGAGGGAAUACGUGCAAUCUACCACCGAUUUACCAAUAAUUUUGAAUUGAAAACACGAAACUAUCAUAUGCGUUUAAGGGACCAACGCCGAUCCCAAUAUAUAUAUAUCCCAUAAUAUGGACGGUUAUUCCAAACAUUCGCGAGCUACUCCGUAGUCCGUGUACAAGAGAUGGGCGAAUAAAUAUUAUCUACUUGACUAUUCAAAUUGUAUGUUAUUUAGAUAACAUUUUAUUCGAAUAAUGUAGGAGGUAUACUUAUGCCGCGUCAGUCACAUAGCUAGUGCAAUGAUAAUAUAAUAAUAAUAAUAAUGGUAUGCACGUUUGGGUAAUUUUUCGGGAAAUUGGCAAUGCAUAUGAUAUUAUAUAUUGUAAUCAAAUUAUUUUUAUUUUGUACAGAUAGCCGCAUUACAUCAUAAUACACACAAUAUAUUAUGACGCAUAAACGUAUCACUCAUUAUUAUAAUUGUAUUAUUAUUAUUAUCGGUAACUUAUAAUAUUAAUGAUUGCACUAUAUGUAUUUGUAUAUUAUAUAUAUAUAUGUAAUAAUAUUAUUAUUUAUGUAAAUUGUACAUUUUUAUUUGUAAUUUGUACUCGUGCAAUGUUAGAUAUUAUAAUUUAUAUUAUAGAGUUAUAUUAUUUAUAGCGAAUAAAUGUGGCAUUACGCUAAUAGAUAUAUUAUAUUAUGUUUCGUUUUAUUUAUUAAAUGGAUUUCAUUUUCGUUUUUAAGGCGUUUCCACGCUGUGCAUAUAAAUAUAAAUCAUGUACAUAGAUGAUAAACGCGUAUAUAUAUAGAUAAAUUAGUUUAGAUACGCGAUGAAUGAACGAAAACAUAUGAAAUAAAACAAAAUUUAAAUAUUGUUUGACUAAUUACCUACUCUUAAUUUGCCAUUGGACCAGAUCAUUGUAUGUUUUUCGUUUGCAUAAAAUAAUAAUAAAAAAAAAAAUGUUUCCAAAUAAUAAUAUAUUAUCGUGUCAUAGUAAUAUAGUACUAUAUUAUAUAUCAUGUAAUAUCGCUUGAUCAAUAUUCAUUAAGUACACAAUAUUAUACAUUAUAAUAUUAUAUACCUAAACAUACGUAGAUAUAUUAAUGACUUGUAAUAAUAAUCGUCAUCGAUGAAUCGUGAGUGUAUUAUAUUUUAUAUAUGUAGCCAUAUUAUAAUAAUAUUAUGUUCGAGGUGGUGCAGUGUUUCGUUUUUAAAGUUAUUAAGUAGGUAGAUAUAUAGGUAUAUUAUAUAGGAUUAGUCAUAUUUUAUUAUAUAUUAUUAUUAUUAUCAUUUAUAUAUAUACAUAUAGGUAUAUGAGCUGUACCUAUAUAUACAUUUCGUGCUGAAUAUGUCAUUUAUUAGUAUAAUAUUAUUGAUACUAUUAUUACAUAUUUAUAAUAUAAUAUAAUAAUUGUUGUACAUGUUA